CCCGAAGGCAGCAGGAGGAGAGCCGAGACAAGACGAGAGCGAAGUGACAGAGAGGGGGGGAAGGGGCGGCUCAUUUGGGUAGACUGGAAGGAGCGGGGAAAUAAAACCUGAUGUGUGUCAGUCAGCUGCGGACCGGACGGACCGAACCUGGGAAUAAAUCCGGUAAAUCACAGAGUGGGAGGAUCAGAUCUGUUGCUGCCGGGCUGUGGAGGGGAAACAAAGACAGACGGAGAGAGGAGCGCACGCUGAGAGGCGCCUCAACAAGUUUUCUUUGAUUCUUCAAACGCGAGGUGAAGAGGAAAAUAGAAGAGUUGGUCAGCUUUCCUUCCUUCCUUUCCCUCCUUGUUCUUUCCAUCUCCUUAUCCUCAUCUGAAGAUUUGAAGCCAUGCCCAUCAUUUCUGCAAACACAGGGCUGCAUGAGACUCUGGCCAUUCUCACAUCUCAGCUCCACCCUGAUGCCAACCACAAAGAGGACCUGGUCUUCCUCAGAGACGUUUUCAGCGAGAAAAGCAUCAGUUACCUCAUGAAGAUCCAUGAGCGGCUAAAGCAGUAUGAAAAGUACAGCCCCACUCCAGUCCUGCACAGCGCCUCCUGUCUGGCAGAGGAUCUGGCAGAAGAGCUUCAGAGCGGACCGCUGCAGGAUGACGAGCGAGAACUCCUCGUUUUGCUGAACACGCCCCAUCUGAAGGCAGUGCUAUCCGCUCACGACAUUGUUGCCCAGAAGAAAUUUGACCCGGUCCUUCCACCUUUGCCUGAAGAUUUGGACGACGACUUUGAAGAAGAGUCCGUAAAGAUUGUCCGUCUGGUGAAGAACAAAGAGCCCCUGGGAGCAACCAUUCGGAGAGACGAGGCCACAGGAGCUGUAAUCGUGGCCAGAAUUAUGCGGGGAGGGGCAGCUGACCGCAGCGGCCUGGUCAACGUAGGGGACGAGCUGCGCGAGGUGAACGGAAACCUGAUAACUCACAAACGGCCUGAUGAGAUCAGUCAGAUCCUGUCUCAGUCCCAGGGCCCCAUCACGCUGAAAAUUAUCCCAGCGGUGGCAGAAGAAGACCGACUGAAGGAGAGCCGCGUCUACCUCCGGGCUCUGUUCGACUACACACCUUUUGAGGACAAAGCAACGCCGUGUCAAGAGGCUGGACUUCCUUUUAAGAGAGGAGACAUUCUUCAGGUCGUCAGCCAGGAGGACGCCACCUGGUGGCAAGCCAAGAAAGUUGGUGACUGCAAUCUGCGUGCUGCCCUCAUCCCCUCCACACAGUUUCAGGAGAGGCGUCUGAGAUACAGAAUGAAGAUGAAUUCCCUCCCUGCUCCUCUUUCCCCCAAGGCUCAAACAUAUGAUCGGACAGAGAAAGAAGACUGUGACAGUAAGGGUGCUCUGAAUGGAAAGGACGUAGCCAGUUUACGCAGAAGUUUCCGACAAAAAAAGGAUCGGCAGGGCUCACCGGCCGAGGCCCAAACUCCGGACGGCCAUCCGGCAGAAUUUCGGAUUUACGAGGAAGUUACGCAAUAUCUGCCACACCCCGGAGAGAAGCCCCGCCUUAUAGUACUCAUAGGUUCGUUAGGAGCACGGGUCACUGAGCUAAAGCAGAAGGUGAUUGCAGAGAAUCCUCGCUGGUUUGGUCUGGCUGUGCCGCACACGACCCGAGCCAGAAAGACUCACGAGAGGGAAGGAGUGGAGUACCACUUCAUAAGCAGAGCAGCCUUUGAGGCCGACAUCCAGAGUGGGAAGUUUAUUGAAUAUGGAGAGUACAAAGAGAAUCUGUAUGGCACCAGCUUGGAGUCCAUUCAUAAAGUUCUGAGACAAAACAAGGUCUGUUUGGUGGAUGUGCAACCAGAGGCUCUGAAGACUCUGCGAACGGCCGAGUUCAAACCAUUCAUCGUUUUCGUGAAGCCUCGCAUCCCCGACUGUCAGAGGAAGCAGUUUGGCUCCUCUUCCUCGCUCAGCGCGGGCAUCACAGAGGAGGAUCUGCUGGAGAUGAGAGCGUCUGCAGAGAAGAUGGACGAGUGCUAUGGCCAUUGGGUGGACUACGUCCUGGUGAAGGAGGACCCAGUGUGUGCCUUAGCAGAGCUGCAGAUGGUGCUGGAGAAGGUGCAGACGGAGGCCCAGUGGGUUCCUGUGUGCUGGGUGAGGCGUUAGCCAGAUGGACUUCCUGGCCAAGGGGUGAACCAGAACGGAGACCACUGUGCAAGGACCCACGACUGUGGGCGGUUUUUGGAGCGACCAGAUGUUUACUACCAUGUAACCAGUUCCACACUUUGGGUUUGUGAUGGUUGAUAUAGUCACAGGAA